AUGGCGGAGUUGCUGAGGCGAAUGCUAAGCGCGGGCCGGGCAAGCAGACCCUCGGAAGAAAACACGGUGGCGGCUGGGCCACCUUUGCUGCUGCUCGGCGGCUCAGGCUCCGGGAAGACGGCACUGCUGUUUGCGGCUGCCUUGGAGGUGGCAGGGGAGGGCCGCGGCCCUGUCCUCUUCCUGGCCCGGAGACCCCUGCAAAGCCUGCCUUUCCGAACCGGUGCGGCGCUGGACCCCCUGCGACUUCAGAAGAUCCACUUCAAGUACCCCCCUUCGGCCCGCGAGCUUUUCCGGUUCCUGUGCUCUGCCCACGAGGCCCAGGGACCAGCCCCUGCCCUCCUGCUGCUUGACUGCUUGGAGGAGUACCUGUCAGAACACCAGAGGCCCCACGAAGUGGCCCACCUGGCUGCCCUGCUUCUGGACACCACUGCCCACUUCAGCCACCGGGCUGGGCCCCGUGGGGGCUGUGGGCUCGUGGUAGCCCUCCAGACUCAAGAAGAUGUAGACAGUGGGGACACCCGGCAGCUGGCACUACUCCAGCGGUAUUUCUCUGCUUCCUGUUGGCUGCAGCUGGAUGCCCAGGGUCCCAGACACCGCGGCCUCCGAGUCUGCCUGGAACCAGGCGAACUGGGCCCCCGGACAGUGUGUUCAGUGACUUUCCAGCCAGAUGGAUCGCUAACAGUCACCUCCUUGUCCACUGAGGAGGGUGAUCCCAGCUCAGGCGAGGGCACAAGCUCUGGUGUGGGACAACCUCCCAAGGCCUCGGUCUCCCGUUUCUAG